UUGCUUUAAAUCGACGACAGGAAAUGCUCCAAAUAGUGACGGCCACUAUAGCCAACUGUCAUGCCAAAAAUCAAAUCGCAAAUCCUAAUGUGAAACUGUCUGUCAGCAACCCCCGAAAAGUGGCAGUGAUUGCACUGUCCCUUUGAAAAAUCCUACGUAUUGUGCCUCUCUUUCUUCCUUCCUCAUCCUCACAAAGUUACAAAAAGUUUUCUUUGAGACUGAGACACGACCUUGAGAAACAAACAUGGGAUUCUCAUUAUAAGGGAGAAAAGAGAGCAAAAAGAUCUUUGGCAAGAAAGAGCACUGGAAAUUUCUUUUUGAGCUCAAUGGCUCAAAUGGGUCUGCUUGGUUUUCUCUUUUCUCUUCUUGUUUUGGUCACAAUUUCUAGUCCACGUUCUGUUUGUGGAAAUGCUGAGGUUGAAUCUCUCAUGGAGUUGAAAUCAUCUUUGGACCCAGAGAACAGGUUCUUGAGGUCAUGGACUAAAGAUGGUAACCCAUGUAGUGGCUUGUUUGAAGGGGUAGCCUGCAAUGAACACCAGAAAGUGGCCAACAUUACGCUGCAGGGGAAGGGUCUCUCCGGCAAGAUAUCGCCGGCGGUGGCCGAGCUGAAAUGCUUGUCGGGUCUUUAUUUGCACUACAACAACUUGUCUGGAGGAAUUCCAAGAGAAAUUUCUAACCUUACCGAGCUCGCCGAGCUCUAUCUUGAUUUUAAUAGUCUCUCUGGGGAAAUACCUUCUGAGAUCGGCAACUUGGCUAGUCUUCAAGUUCUGCAACUGUGCUGUAACCAGCUGACUGGAAGCAUACCUAACCAGAUGGGUUCCUUGAAGAGGCUAGCUGUUAUUGCUCUGCAGCAUAACAGACUAACUGGAGCAAUUCCUGCUAGUUUAGGGAACUUAGAGACUCUAAAAAUGCUCAAUUUGAGCUUUAACAGCUUAUUUGGUCCAAUUCCCACCAAAGUAGCUAAUAUUCAAUCAUUGGAAACCCUAAACGUCAGAAACAAUUCUCUUUCUGGAGUUGCCCCUCCUACUCUGAAACGAUUGAAUGGGGAAUUCCAUGGUGAGAACAAUCCAAACCUAUGUGGAAUUGGGUUUCCAGAAUUACGAGUUUGCACACCUUUUGACAUAGAUAAAGUGAAUGUUGAUGGAACUGGACCCGUUGGACCAAACAUGGAUAAUACUGCUCCAAAAAUUAACCCUGAGUCUGCAAAUUUCCGACUGCAUUGCAACCAAACACAUUGCACAAAUCCAACAGGUAUACCACGAACUGCAUUUGUUGCUGUGGUCAUUACAGUCACUAUUGCAAUGACAGGGACAAUAUUUCUGGUUAUUUUUCGUUACCGGAGGAAGAAACAAAAGAUCGGGAGUAUAUCCGAUCCUUCUGAUGGUCGGCUUAGCACUGACCAAGCUAAAGAAUUCUAUAGUAGAAGUGCCUCUCCACUUGUAACUGUUGAAUACUGCAGUGGAUGGGAUCCAUUAGGUGAUGGUCGGAAGGGCAACAGCUUCUUUUCUGAGUACUCGAGCAACUACAGGUUCAACAUGGAAGAGAUUGAGUCUGCAACUCAGUACUUUUCUGAGGUGAACCUGUUGGGGAGGAGCAAAUUCUCUGCUGUUUACAGAGGAGUUUUAAGAGAUGGUUCUGUUGUAGCUAUUAGGAGCUUUAAUGUAACCAGUUGCAAGUCUGAGGAGGCUGAAUUUGUCAAAGGGUUGAACUUAUUAUUUUCACUAAGACAUGAAAACCUCGUUAGGCUGAGAGGUUUCUGUUGCUCAAGGAGCAGAGGUGAAUGUUUUCUGAUCUAUGAUUUUGUGCCAAAGGGAAAUCUUUCCCGUUAUCUAGAUUUAGAAGAUGGAAUUAACCACCAAGUUCUUGACUGGUCCAAGAGGGUCGCUAUUAUCAGUGGCAUUGCAGAAGGUAUUGGAUAUUUGCACAGCAGUGAAGCGGACAAACCAGCUUUAGUCCACCAAAACAUUUCUGUCGAGAAGAUUCUCAUUGAUCAGCAGUUUAACCCCUUAAUUUCUGACUCUGGACUUCCUAAGAUUCUUGCUGAUGACAUUGUAUUCUCAGCUUUGAAAGUAAGUGCUGCCAUGGGAUAUCUAGCUCCUGAGUACAUUAGCACUGGCCGGUUCACAGAGAAAAGUGACAUAUAUGCGUUUGGAGUGAUUGUCCUCCAAGUCUUAUCAGGGAAGUGCAAUAUUCUCACCAACUCAAUGCGAUUAGCUGCAAACUCUAGCAGAUUUGAAGAUUUCAUCGACCCCAAUCUAAACGGUGAAUUCUCUGAAUCAGAAGCUACGAAACUGGCAGAACUUGCACUCAAUUGCACCCAUGAGCUUCCUGAUGAGAGACCAACCAUGAAGCAAGUCAUUGGGGAGCUGAGCAAUUUACCUACCAGUUCUUGAUUGCCUUACAUGUUGAAGAAACUGCCGGGGAGAUGAGCCUUACUGGAUUAUAAACUACUCUGAAGUGAAGGUGUUGGUGAUGAAACUGUGGCUUUUCUGGAGAUUGAGAAUAGAUAUACGUUUUUCAUGUAAAUUGGAGAUGGUGGAAACAAAAAGUUUUGGGGAAGGAAAAUCCCCUGUGAUUAUUUGUAAUAAUUCUUCUUUAUGGCCCAUUAGCCCUGCGAAAAAGGUGGCUCAGCAUCUCAUGCAUCAAAGUUCUGACUAAAUAUACCAAGGAAGUUUGUGAA